AUGUACCACCUCAUCACCGGGCUGUACGCCGAGUGGACCAAGAAGCCGCGCUACAAUGCGCUCAUGGUGGGCGCUGCGGGCGUCGGCAAGUCGUGUCUGCUCGAAAAGAUCAAGAGCGUCUAUCUCAAGAGACCGGCACUGCCGCCGAAUCGAGUCGCUCCAACCGUCGGACAGAAUGUGCUCGAGCUGAGUCUGCCUCGUAUUCAUCUGCACUUCUGGGACUUGGGAGGCUCGCCCUCGGUGCGCACGCUGUGGAGCAAGUACUACGACGAGUCGGAUGCCGUCGUUUGGGUCGUCGACGCACGCCACUUUCUGCCGCUCCAUCAACACGCAGACAAGAGCCCCACCUCGCAGGCCCCCGAUGCGGGCACAGACACAUUCGCCGCGCGCGAAGCAUCCUGGAAGCUCCUGUCCGAGCUGCUCAUGCAUCCGAGUCUCGAAGCGUGUCCGGUGCUUAUUGUCGCCAACUGCAUCGACGAGUGCGAGUCGUCCGAGGGCCUCGAAGGCACAAUCAAGCAGUGGUUCAGCGAUAAGCUCGCGUCGGACGACACGGACGUGGCUGCUGCUGCGGGGGAUAACGUUUUUGCGGACGACGAGGCGUACAGAGCGCCCUCAACAUCGAUGCUCAGCGAGAGAGAGUACGAGUGGGACGUGGUGCUGGCCAGCGCCUUUGACGGAGCCACCAACACUCUGCUUGCCUUCCUCACCACCACCACUUCGGAAAGGCCGGGCAUCCUGCAAGAUGCCCGGACUCGAUGA